AUGCAAUUUCCACAUCCUGAUGCUCGGAUUUUGCCUCAUAAAAUUUCAUGCCCAUCCUCCCCAAGUAAAACAACAUCGAACGAAUUGAGUAGAAUCGUCGGUUCGCUUGUUGGUCUCGCUGUCGGUGAUGCACUUGGAGCUAGCGUUGAGUUUCGUCCUCGUCAAUACCUUGUCGAUCAUCCUACCCAAGAUAUGCAGAGUGGAGGAACUUGGGGUCUUCAGGCUGGCCAAUGGACAGACGACACUUCAAUGGCUUUAUGUCUAGCUUCAUCACUUAUCAUUUGUCAUGGUUUUAAUUCCUACGAUCAAAUGGUACGGUAUAAGUGGUGGUAUAAAAAAGGUUUUCUUUCAUCAACAGGUGAAUGUUUUGACAUCGGUAAUACUACCCGCACUUCACUGGAUGAAUUUUGUCGUCGACAAAAUAUGCUCAAACAUCAUUUUCAGGGUUUCACGGAUGAGCAAAUCGAUAAUUUGUCGUUAGAGCAAGUUAGGAGUGUACCCGGUUUCGAUGAAUAUUGUGGUGUAUCGCAACAGGUUGGAAAUGGUCCACUAAUGCGUCUUGCUCCUGUGCCUCUAUUUUACUUUAGACAGCCUCAAGAUGCUGUUAAAUAUGCUGGUGAUAGUGCUCGUCUUACUCAUGGAGAUAUAAGAGCUAUCGACGCUUGUCGGUAUUACGCAGCUCUUAUCGUCGCUACCAUCCAUGGAGAAUCAAAAGAACAACUAUUACAUGAGCGAUUUUACGAAAAUCAUAGAGGAUGGUUUGAAUCUGUAGAACUUCAUCCUGAAGUUCUAGGUGUAGCUCGAGGAUCAUACAGAAAACGGAGCGGCUACGAAGAAGGCAUUCGAGGAAUUAGUUAUAUUGUCAAUACUUUAGAAGCCGCUCUCUGGGCAUUUUGGUCAGACGAAAACUGUUUCGAAAAAGGUGUUCUUAAAGCUGUUAAUCUCGGCGAUGAUACUGAUACCACCGCUGCCGUGUAUGGUCAAUUGGCUGGUGCAUUUUAUACCGUAGCAGGUAUUCCUGAGGAAUGGGCUUCAAAGUUGUACGCUAAUACCCUUAUUAUUUGUGUCGCUGAAUCGCUUUACGCCGACGGAAGCCAAAGUAGAAAUGAUAUGGUUAAACAGCAACAACAACAAAAACAGACGAUGAUGCAACCUCAGAAUCAAAUAACAACGCAAAAAACACAAUUCAAUCAAUCUCAUGGCUCUUUCGCAACAAACCCGCAGACUUCACCUGUGGUUAAAAUGGAUCGCAUAGGCUAUGGGCCACAGGCUGCUCGAACACAAGUACAACCUCAAUCUCAAACACAUUCUGCUGUCAACUCAGACACUGAUAAUACGUACAAUCGUAAGCAAAAAAUAAAAGUGGAUCCUAGUACUCUGCCUCCUGCUGGGAGGCCCAGUGGUCAAUAG